GGGUUCGAUGUCGAGUAUAAUGCUGCCCUUGCGGCCUGCUCUUCAUGUGAGGCUUCUGGGGGAAAAUGUGGAUCUAAUUCAACAUAUGAAUUUAUUUGCAUUUGUCAAGAUCAGUCCUAUCCGAUGCUUUGUCCUAAACAUGGAAAGGGUCAUUUGUUGAAGGUGCUCAUUGGAGCAAUGAUGGCUGGAGUGGGAAUACUGUCCUCAAUAAUAUGCUACUGUUAUUAUAAGAAAAGAAAAACUGAUAAACAACUCGAGGCCUUGAUCAAGGAAUUUGGAUCCCUCACACCAAGAAGAUACAGCUACUCUGAUAUCAAGAAAAUGACGAAGUACUUCAAAGAGAAACUUGGUCAAGGAGGGUAUGGUGAGGUCUACAGGGGAAAUCUUUUUGACAAACGUCCUGUUGCAGUAAAAGUCCUGAGAACCAACAAAGGCAAUGGCGAGGAAUUCAUUAAUGAGGUUGCAAGCAUCAGCAGAACUUCCCAUGUUAACGUUGUCACUCUGCUAGGAUUUUGCCUUGAUAGUACCAAAAGAGCUCUCAUAUAUGAAUUCAUGCCAAAUGGAUCGCUUGAUAAAUAUAUCCAUCAUGAGUCUGAGCCCCACUUGGGAUUCGAGAGAAUGCAUGAAAUUGCAAUUCGAAUAGCUCAGGGACUUGAUUACUUGCAUGGAGGUUGCAACACACGCAUUUUACAUUUUGACAUCAAACCUCAUAAUAUUCUUCUUGAUGAAGAAUUUUGUCCUAAGAUAUCUGAUUUUGGGCUGGCAAAGUUAUGCGCCCGAAAAGAGAGUAUUGUGUCGAUGUUAGGAGCUAGAGGAACAAUUGGAUAUAUUGCUCCUGAAGUGUUCAGCAGGAACUUUGGUGGUGUCUCCUAUAAAUCUGAUGUCUACAGUUAUGGUAUGAUGAUUCUGGAAAUGGUUGGAGGAAGGAAAAAUGCAAUAAAUGUUCAAGUAAGCAAUUCUAGUGACAUAUAUUUUCCACAUUGGGUAUACAAUCUUGUUCUGACUGAUGAAGACCUAAAACUGCAUGGUCAUACCAUGACAAAAGAAGAAAAUGAUAUUGCAAGGAAGAUGAUAUUGGUAGGACUAUGGUGUAUACAGACUAAUCCAGCACAUAGGCCGACAAUGAGCAAGGUUAUUGAUAUGUUGGAAGGUAGCUUGGAGUCCUUGGAAGUUCCCCCAAAACCAUUCUUAUCUUCACCUUCAAGAUCAGGAGUAGUAUCUUUGGAGAUUACAAUGCUGCCACAAAAAGUUUUUUCUACUUCUUCCAGUUCACCUGCUGAUUCUGGCACCAGAUAAGCAUAACAGAACUGUAAGGCUUAAGCUUAAAGUAGACAUUUUUGCAUAGUUGCGAUCUUUAAUGCAUCAAGGAGAAGUUGUGCAAUACGUGGAUGCAGACUUGAAAAAGUUCGUCAAUCAACCCAAACUUCACUAGUUAAGUCUGCAAUAAUUGUCUCUGUUGAUCACUGCUCCUUUAAGGUGCAAAUAUCUGGCAGAUCGAAGCAAGCAAAAUUCAAAAAUCACAAAAGGGAUAUGACAUACAUGCGACUAGUUAGGGGAAGCCAGGCAGAU